AUGGCAAAUAUGCACACUCCUCAAGAGAAUGGUCUCCGGUGUCCCAUAGCCCACAAACCCCGCGAUCCGGAGGAUCUGGAGCGCGAUUUUACCACGCCCGGUGUCCAGGGGACUUUGGGAUGUCCAUUUGCGAAGAUGUCGAAUGGACUCUCGCGAUCCAUAAGCGCCGAGGAAGAUCCCAUAGCCGCUGAAUUCCAUCAAGAUAAAGUCUCUUCUAGAUCGCCCAACACGGAACAGCGGACGAGUCAGUGUCCCAUUCGUUUCCUAGACAAACAUUCCCCAGAGGAGAUUGCUCAGUAUUUUGAAAACCAUAAACAUGAAAUCCCCCGAAGCCAUGAGAUCUGUGUCAGGAGAUAUCAACAGAACGAAGGCAGUGCUCGAAAGCUCGACGCCAAAUACGGCAGUCUGGUCAACAUGAUCCAGGGCCUUGGUGUCAAGCACAAGGUUUACUUGCCACAGCGGGAAAAGAGCGAAGCCGGGGCGCAAGACAGAAGCUCAACCCAGGCUGUGGAAAAGUGGGCCGAACAUGUUAGCACCGAUCCCGAGCAAAUGCAAGAGCCUGAUGCCGGAGAUGAUGAUGAGCAAAGGUUAUCCAAUUUCGAGCGGCCACUACGGGAAGUUCGUGUGGGCGAAUCUCCUAGUAGACCUUGGGGCAUUCCUGUCCCUGCAGGCAAGGAGCCGGCGCCAAGUGCUUUGCAGUCUGAAGAGGAUGAUGCUCACCUGAACCCGAAAUCAGAGAGCCCGCAACGAGCCGAAGACAGAAAGAAGCAAAAAUGUCCCAUCGAUCACGGCCACGCCCAGGCCAAAUCACCCGCUCCACCACCUCAACUUCCAGACCUUGGUGAGUCCAAAGACAACCAAAGGGAUCGCCCACAGAUCAUCUUCAAUGGCCCAGUGUUCUUUGGAUACACCGCGGAACAGGUCUCUGCUAUAUUGCAGGGUACUUCGCUUGGAGCAAAUCCACCACCAAAGGGACAUUGA